AUGCCAAUAAUCAUUGACCUUCAUUCCGAUUUGAUUUUUCACGUGUUGAGCUUUUUAGAGGGACGAGAGGUACUAAAUAUUCGACAAUGCUCUCACCUAUUUUAUGAUUGUUAUAUGGAGUAUCGCAAACAAAUUUGGAGAAAUUUAUUGCAACGAGUAUUUCCCAACUUUUUUGACAAAAUGAAAGACUAUUUAGAAUUAGACUCCUCUUUGUUAGCUGAUGACAAUUUCCGAUCAAAAGAAAAUAUCGGAUCUUCACUACUAUGUGAGUCUACAGAAAGGACAGAACCCACAUGGAUUGAUUAUUUUGAUUUGUAUUUUAAAGCAUUGCUGCAUUUUGAAUUGAAGGGCAAUUUCAAGUUGAACGUACUGAACCCGCUGAAGAUCGCUGAUGGCCUCUCUGAAAAAGGAAUACCCAAUUCUCCAUCCACACGUGGAACUAACCAACCAUUGCAAUCAAAUUCAUCUCCAACUCUAGAUUUUAUGAAUCAAAUUCUUCCAGUGUCGUAUAGCUGUUUCAUGAAAAAGUUUAGAAAUCUUGAAGGCUAUUUGCCCAACAACAAUGUUCUUUCAAGGCUCACUGCAGAGGAGAGAAGUGUUCUCGAAGCCAUGACCAAUAAGAAAAAGUAUCUACUGUUCAGUCGAUUUAACGACCCAACGUUUUCAUUGGUGGAUGUGGAGGCAAGGCAAAUUGUUAAAAAGUUCACAGGUCACAAAGGCACAGUGCUCGAUAUCAAAUGUCUAUUCAUGGAUCCAUUUAAUUUAAAGUCAAAGAAUGUUGGAUCUGGAACUUUCUACCUCAACACUACUUCAUCAUCAUUUAACAACAGAAUAAUAUCAGCGUCCAGCGAUCAAACAAUCAAGAUAUGGAACUUCACAACAGGAAACCUUAUUGAAAGCCUAACUGAGCAUAAGGGAAGCGUAGUGUCUAUUGAGAGCAUGAGUGAAAAUAUUGUGGCGAGUGCUUCUCAUGAUUUGAGCAUCAAGUUUUGGGAUAUUAAUGUUGGAAAAUGUAUUCACACCUUACCUGACGUUCAUGAACGACUUCUCUACAAGAUACAAUACAACAACUGGAAUAACCUUCUUUCCUCAUGUGGUAAAGAUGGAAAGGUUAAGAUAUUUGACACCCGUACCGCUGCACGUUCCCCAAAGCCUGUUAAGGUUUUGGAACACAAGAAAGAUGGAAAUGACGAGCUACUAUCUGUGUAUUCUAUCGCCAUGAACUCUCACAGUAUUUCUUGUGGUGGUAAAGAUGGUUUAUUUACCAUUUAUGAUCUUCGCAAUUUGAACCAACCAUUGCUGAAGAAAUCAUACUCAUCUCCAGUGGACAGAAUAUUUUGUGACGAACUUAAAGUCACUCUUUUUGAGGCUUUCUCCUGUAAGGUCAUUGAUUUAUUGACAUUACAAGAGAAGACUAUUAACGAGCUCGAAAAUAGGCAAGCCACUUACUGUGUUUCCCUGGGCAGUGAGUUGUUUAUUGACUAUGGCACAAUGGUCACACAAAUCGACAAUCAAGAUCUUUGUCUCGUUGACUUUUUCUAA